UCAACAUUGGAAACACUGUUUAAUUUGGCUUAAAACUAGUCUUCACCAUGCCGAUUAGAUAACUACUUUGGUGGAGAUAUUGUGUUUUAUGUGUUCUUGUAACUGAUCGUGCAAUAUCGCUGAAAAUUUCGUGAUAAUUGCUGUAAAACAUUAAUAUCACGUGUUUUCGCGAUGACGAUUUUACAAGAUUUUAUCGUUUUCUUGCCCUCAGUAGGUUAUUUUUGAAAUGUUUCGCCAACAGAAGACAUUUUACCUACACCUUAAAUGCAAGACAAAGCCUUGCACGACUAUAGAAUAGAACAUUAACCCACCAUUUGUCAGGUUUUAUUCACGCUUGUGUGAUGAAUGCCUCGACGUUGCCUACAGUAACACUGAACAGAUUAUUUCUGCUUCUCAUUCAGAUAUUACAUGUAUGUUUAAUGGAUGUCAAACCUCAGAGGGAACGGUUUACACCAGAUUACAAAGUUUAUCAUAACCUGACAUCAAUUGCAUUGACACUGGAUCAUUUCAUAAAAGAAAAUGAAAAUUUUGUGAGACUUGUUGACCCAUCUAAAUAUCUUUCAAAACAGGGUAGAAAACAGUAUGUUUUGCAUGUUACAAACUUUGCAAAUGCUCGUUUAGAAGACACCGAACGUGUAAAAGUGCUUCUGUCAUUUGGUGAACAUGCUAGAGAAUUUUUGCCUAUAGAGUCAUUAUUUCAUUUGCUAAGAAGAUUACUCAAAAAUUGGAAGUCUUUUGAUAGAUCUGACGUAAAUCUUGAUAAAUUAGAUAUAUAUGUGAUUGCAUUAGCAAAUCCUGAUGGAAGACAACAUGUUGAAACAUCCAAAAAUUAUUGUUGGAGAGGGACCAGCUCUGGAGUAGAUAUCAACAGGAACUUUGAUUGGGAGUUUGGAGGAAAAGGCAGCUCAAAAGAUCCUACUGAUGAAGAAUAUCAUGGCAUAAAACCAUUUUCAGAGCCCGAGAGUCAUGUGUACAGGGAUUUGACAGAAGAAGUCCAGUUUGAUGGCUUUCUCUCACUUCACUCAGGGAUUAAACAAAUAUACAUUCCAUUCGCAGACUCUGUGUCACAAAAGACAGGACGUGUACCAGAUAAUGUUAAAGAGAUGACAAAACUUGCUCAAGAGCUGGCAACAUCAACUAUAUACAAGUACCAGUAUGGACGGGCUGUAAAUCUCAAUGAUUAUUCCGCUGAUGGAACAGUGUUUGACUAUAUGGCUGGAAGGAGGAAGAUUCCAUUUUCCUAUGCAAUAGAACUGUGGGGGCCAGAUAAACAUCAAGGACCAAGUUGCUUUGAUCUGUUUAACCCACCAAAUAGUAGAGUUGAUAUUGUGGUGUCGAAUCUAUAUCCCUUGUAUAUAAAGUUUUUCGAUUAUUUACUGGAUUGGAAAAAACAGUCGUCCCUGAACAACAAGUUAGAGAAAGCAGACAGAUCAGAACAGCUGUCUGACAAGUCUUUGCCUUAUAGUGCACUGGAGGAACAAGAUGUUUCAUCACUCUCUCCCAUACUCUUCCUGUUGUGUGCGCUUGUUAUUUUAACUAUUGUGGUUGCUGUUUAUGGGAAGUACCCACUGUGUCGCCGAAUGUAUCAGAGACGUAGAGUCGUCAGUCUGCGGGCACUCAGCUCAACUCUAUCACUGAACUUAUUUAGUGUUUGACAUUGGAACAGUUUUUGCAUUGUGCAAAUUUGUUGAGAAUAGUUCUUGCUACAUUCCAUGUGUUUGAUACAGAGUAUAUUUAUAUUUGUUAAGCUUUAAUUUUUAUCUUGAUACAAAUGGUUGAGAGAAUCUUACUUGUAUGCCAAUUUAUUAGUGUGCCACAAUGUGAUAUUGUUUUAACCAUGCUGUGUAAUUACUAUGCAUAAUAAGUACUGAGAAAAUGAAGAAUAAUUGAAAGGAACUCUGUAAAGAUUUGAUUUCUUCAUUUUGUAAAACUUAAAGCAAUUUAUGUAUUUUUUUUUGUUCUUAGAAAUGUAGAAAGUUAUCAUAUUACUUUGCAGAUAAGAUAUGCUAAUGCAUUUUCUAAAGGGGCAUUAUUAUAAUUGUUACAAAGUUAUAUUAGUUCUUCCUAAGAAUUAUAACUGGAAAGUCAAAAUGUAAUUGUAAGGUGAAAGGGUUUAGUUUUAUGAUUUUCUUUACUUAUUUCUUUGUUUGGUCGAAAGGGUGUGCAUUUAUAAAAGUUUAUUAGACAUGUUCACUAAUGUAGCUUUAGGUAUAUUACUAAAAUCAUAUUUUUGUAUAAUGGCAUGAUGCUUUUUACCUCGCCUGUCACAUAGUGACAGGGUGAGCUUUUGUGAUCGUAUUUUGUCUGUCGUCCGUCUGUUCACAAUUUCUUGUGAACACGAUAGAGACCACAUUUUACAAUCAGUUUUAAUCAAACUUGCACACAGCUUGUAGUGGCAUAAUAUCUCAGUUCCUUCGAAAACUGGCCAGAUCCCAUCAUGGGUUCCAUAGUUAUGGCCCCUUAAAGGGCCAAAUUUGCUAUUUUGGCUUGUGAACACGAUAGAGACCACAUUUUAUAAUGGAUUUUAAUCAAACUUGCACACAACUUGUAUUGGCAAAAUAUCUCAGUUUCUUUCGAAAACUUGCCAGAUCCCUUAAAGGGCCAAAAUUUGCUAUUUUGGCUUUUGCAGCAAUAUAGAGACUUCAUUUAUGGUUUGAUUUGAUACAAACUUGCAAAAUAUCUUAAGCAACAAUAUAUCUUGGAUUCUAUGAUGAAUCUAGCAGAUCCAAAAAUAGGUUCCGCAGUUAUUGCCCCUGAUUGACCCCUGAAAGAGCCAAAAUUUGUUAAUUUUUACCUUGUGAACAUGAUAGAAGUGACAUUUUACAUUUGAUUUUGGCCACACUUACACACAACAUGAAUAACAAUAAGAUCUUGGUUCCUUUCGAAAAAUGGGUUGAUUCCUUCAUGGGUUCUAGAGUUACUGCCCCUGAAAGGGACAAAAUAUUUUCUAUUUUGGCCCUUUCAGCCAUAUAGAGGUUUCAUUUAUGCUUUGAUUUGAUACAGACUUGCACAGAAUGUUUAUCUUGAUGAUCUCUAGGCCAAGAUUGAAACUGGAUCAUGUGGGGUCAAAAACUAGGUUACCAGGUCAAAUCAAAGGAAAAGCUUGUUAACACCAUAGAUGCCACAUUUAUGUCCCUAUCUUGAUGAAACUUGGUCAGAAUGUCUAUCUUGAUGAUUCAUAGGCCAAGUUCGAAACUGGGUCAUAUGGGUUCAAAAACUAGGUCACCUGGUCAAAUCAAAGGAAAAGCUUGUUAACAUUUUUGUGGCAACAUCUAUGACCCUGUCUUAAUGAAACUUGGUCAAAAUGUUUAUCUUGAUGAUUCCUAGGCCAAGUUCGAAACUGGGUCAUGUGGGGUCAAGAACUAGGUCACCUGCUCAAAUCAAAAGUAAAGCUUGUUAAUACUCUAUGGGUCAUAUUAAUGACACUAUCUUCAUGGAACUUGGUAAGAAUGUUUGUCUUGUUGAUUCCCAUGCAAAAUUUGAAACUGGGUCAUGUGGGGUCAAAAACUAGGUCACCACCCGAUUCAAAGAAAAAGCUUGUUAACACUGUAGAGGCCACAUUGAUGACCCUAUCAUCAUGAAA